CUAUAAAAUCUACUAAAAUAAAUCUCGUACCAGAAUAAAUGAUUUUACAAUAUGUAGAUAAUUUAAACUGUGUUAUUAUUUAUUUAUUUUUUUUUUUUUUAACUGUGUUAUUAUGCUUUUAGCUAAUUAUUUCACGAAUUUUAUUAUAAAAAAAAAAAAGAGAGAAAAAGUCAGUGCAAAGAGGGAUCUUUUGUAUGCAUUUUGUUUAUUUUAAACUCUGGAAUAUAAACUACACAAAAAGAUUCUAGUUUGAAAAUAUUAAAAGUUUAUAAUAUCAUACUGCUUUCAAAGUUAUAUAACUUGCGGAAUGUCGGUAGCUUGGAAACUAAAUUUAUAUGCAUAAAAAGUUGUGAAACAUAUUCAAAUUCAGAUAUUGCAAAUAUUCGAAAAAGGAUAUACAUACUUUGGUUAUCUUUUAAUUCGUUUUGGAGAACACUUUAUAUCGGAUAAUAUAGUGUUUUAUGGCCGACCAUUGGGAGAGAAGAAUUGAAAGUAAUUGAACAGAUGGGCGAUAAUUUUCCAAGCUCUUGACAAAAGACAAUGAGACGUUAUUUACGAUGAUAUUCAAGUGUACGACAUCUUCACAUAUUGUUUACCUGCGUUUUUAACCAAUCAUAAAGAUAAGGAAUGGGAAACUAAAUUGUCAAUGGCGAGGACAACAUUCAGGGACACUUUAGUAGGAAGUUUUUAUCGGUAACGCUGAGACAUUGAGCAGAACAAAUACGGACCAAAUGUAGAACAAUUACAGAACAGUUGCAGAACAAUGAUUUGUUACUUCGUAAUAUUCUAAGGAGAGACUACUAUACCAUGUGGGGAAUGUGGCGAGAUUUUCAAGGACCCGAUGUCCCUCCACAAACACCAGUUGUUCUCUUGCAACAACUCUAGAUCCGACUUCGGACCUAACUACAAUCUGUCUGGAGAUGAUGCAAAAAGUUUGGAUGGACGGUAUUCUCCAAUGGCACCAAACGAGAGAGACACACCAGAGCAUAUUGAAGGUGGAGACUUCAAAUGCGAGGAAUGUCCGAGAAGUUUUUCCCUAAAGUCAAAUCUUGCACGUCAUCAAAUUGUUCAUGAGUCAGGGAGGCGUUUCGCUUGUGAGCACUGCGAUCGUCAUUUCACAGACCCGUCAAAUCUGCAACGGCAUAUUCGAUCUCAGCAUCAUGGUGCCAGGUGCCACGCUUGUACAGAGUGCGGCAAAACAUUUGCAACAUCAUCCGGACUGAAGCAGCAUCAGCAUAUACACUCUAGUGUAAAACCGUUUCAGUGUGAGGUUUGUCUAAAGGCGUACACACAGUUUUCCAAUCUUUGCCGACACAAGAGAAUGCAUGCUGAUUGCCGACAACAGAUUAAAUGUAACGACUGUGGCCAGGCUUUCUCGACGAUUACAUCUCUGAGUAAACACAAACGUUUCUGCGAAGGUGCAUUGAGAAAUGGAAUGAGGCUUGGUGGAUUCUGUGCUGAAACAAAAAUCCCCCAAUCUACAGGUCUGUUGGGUGCAAGCCAAAGUACACCAUUUUCUCCUGCAAUGAUGAUGGGCUUAUAUGGUAGCCGCCCUGCAUUUCCAUUCUAUCCACCUGCUUUAGGUAAUCUGUCGAUGUUUCCUGCUGGACAUCCAUUGGCAGCUUUAACAGCGCUAUCGCCCAGCAGUCUGAGGUCACCUGGAUUACCUCCCAUGACUCCAGAGAAACAAGACUUGAGCCCAGCUGAGAAAUAUGAAAAACGGGCACCAGAGGGCAGUGAUGGAGGGUCAGAGCUAAAUUCUGGUAGUGAUUUAGACAAUAUUCCCUCCGAUUCAGAGAGUGAAAAGAGUAUCGGUGUCUCCCAGCACUCUUUGGAUACAAAAACCCACACUGUGUCUGUAACUGUUCCAAAACCAUCAGCUUUCAUCCCACAGUCGAUGACAUCACAAAUUACUAACAUUUCACCACGAGCCUUUAUUCCACCAAAAAAGAGCCCAUCACCAGCACAAGACAUGAAGCCUGAUUCUUCUGAACAACCAUUUGAUUUAUCCAAACCUGUGGAUGAUGAUUAUGUAACUCCGCCUAAACAUAAUUCAGCUCCUAAACAGAUUGGAAAGAACGAGGGAGAACUUCCCCUGGAUCUCAGUCAAACCAAAGAAAUAACGCCACCAGAAGCACCAAGGAAAACACAUGUUUUUGGUGAAGUGAAAACACCAGUGACACAAGAGCCACGUCUUCAUUAUGCAUACCCACAAUUCCCUAAGCAGCUAAUGAUGGAACAAGCAUUACGUAUGGCUGAGCAGAAAGAAAAAUCACCCGCUGAGUCUAACAGUUUCCUUAGGUACCCACGUUUUCCAUUCGCAAGUCCGCCACAGUACCCAGUCGGAAUAAACCCAUUCAGUUUUAUCAGUCAGGCAUCUCCAAAAUCGGUUACAUCAGCUUCAUCUAUUUCAUCAAUGUCGCCUCAAGGAAAGUCAUUUCCUGAGUUUGGUGGAUCGCCUUCCCAGAUUGGACAGUUCUCAACACCUAAUAAACUGAAAGAUCGCUAUAGCUGCAAAUUCUGCGGAAAGGUCUUUCCACGAAGCGCAAACUUGACCCGUCACUUGAGGACACAUACUGGCGAACAACCUUACAAAUGUAAGUACUGCGAAAGAUCGUUCUCGAUCUCAUCAAAUCUCCAGCGCCAUGUUCGAAAUAUCCACAACAAAGAGAAACCAUUCAGAUGUCCGUUGUGUGAUCGUUGCUUCGGUCAGCAGACCAAUCUUGACCGUCAUUUGAAGAAACAUGAAACCGAGGGUCCAAAUAUCGUUGAUUCACCAGAGCGUAUUGAAGAGCGAGAAACUGAACUGGACGAUAAAGAUGAAUCCUAUUUUUCUGAAAUUAGAAAUUUCAUCGGAAAGGCGACGACAUUGAGUGGAAAUCCUGACAUUAAUCAAAAUUCUCUUUCUGUUGUUGAGCUUAAGCACAGGAUGGAGUUACUGCAGCAGGAAAAAAUGGCAGAGGAGAGCGAUGAAGAGAUUGAUCCUGUUUCUGAUGAUCAUGAUGCAAAAUCUGUGAAAUCUGAUGAAAGAGUUGACAUUGAAAUGGAAAACGAAACUUGUGAACCAAAUGUUAAAAAAGCCCGAAUGUCAGAUCAGAUAAUGAUUUCAUCAUACGCUAACAAUGAAGACCCUCUGCCAUUAUGUAAAAAGCCUGGAUUUGAAUUAAAAAGAGACUUUAGUCCGGUGAUGUGUUCAUAGAAAAAUUGAUGAGAAAGCUAGAUGUUAGUUCCUCUAGAUUGUAUUUCAUGUUAUUUUAUUCUGUAAAUACUCGGCUAUAUAUCUGCUGUAUUGUCAAUUUUGACAAAUAGUGUAAGAUUUUAUAUCUAAACUUAUAGGUGUGCUAUUAAACUAUGACUUGUUCAGUGUAAGAAGUAAUUUGUUAACCUUGACUUACGAUUAAGUUAGGGGCCACUGUAUACAUAAAAGGGCUAUGAUAGUUGAUUUUUUCAUUACUGUGUGGGAACUUUAUUUUGUACAGAAUGAUAGGGGCUUUUUUUUCAUAUAAUUUAUUUAGUAAAGACAUAAAUGCUGGUUAAAUGGGACCAACUUUUACAUAUUUAACUAUUUUUUUAUGGCUUUACUUCUGUUCUGCUUACCUCACAUUUAAAUGUGAAUUCUGUGUUUUUGUUAAAGAUAUUGAAAAAAUUUUAACGCAUUUAAAGGUGGUUCUUUGUUCAAUAUAUUAAAUAUUCAUUUUUGAGUGUAACCAAAUAUUUUGCUGAUGAAAUGAUGAAAAGCCUGCAUUAAAUGUUUUAUAAUAGUUGUAUAAAUGAAACUUCAAAUGUUCCUGGUAGAUAUGUAAUUGAUAUGAAGCUUGGAAGUAACAUUUAAAGAACUAUUUAUUACAAGGAAAUAACAAUAUAUGCAAAUGUAAUAUCUGUUUUCCAUGUGGCAUUUUGCAAGUACAGACAUUGAGUCUAAACAGUUAAUUAGUUAUUUUCAUUCAUGUCCAGAAAUACAUAAUUUGGUGCGAUUGCUACAAAAUUAAUUUACAAGACAAAAAUGUCUCUGAAAUCCGUUGUUUUAUAGCUAGACAAAUGUUUAAGGAUGUAUUCGGUAUGCAGAUCUUAAAAGUAACUGCUUGACUUGCAGUAAAAAAUAAUUUGCAGUAAAAAAUAAUAUCUUUUAAUGAAUGAAUUGUGAAAGACAAUUGUUUGCUGUAAAUUAUUUUGAAGGAUUGUCAUAGUUUUGUAGUAUAAUUAUGCUUUAAUGUGCUAUACCACAGUAUUAUAUUUUCUAACUAAAAUGCUCUUUCUUGGUGAUACUAAGAUUGUAGUCCAAUUAUUAUAAUUGUCUAGAAUACCUGUUUAAAUCUAUUGUCUUGCUUGGGUCAUUGAUCUUUGACUCUAAGUGUAGACUGUAAAUGUUUUAGUUCAGUUCCUAAGACCUGUAGACCAGUAGUCACUUGCCCUGUUAAUAUUAUCAAGCAAAAUAUAUUAUUGCAAAAAAAAUGAUCUAAUUUUAUUUAUCCUAUACAUUGAAUCUCAGUCUAUGUACUUGUGGUAUAAUUAUUUACAAUUUCUUGCCAUAGCGGUUGGAAAGAAUCUCGUAUUCAGUAUAGGUAUUAUCGUAGCUUUCUGUAAUCUGUAGAGUUCCUUCGAAUAAUGAAAUAUAACAUUAAAAAAACUAAAAAUUUAAUUGUAUAUUUAUUGAAGUUUAAAUACAGGUAAAAAAGGUAUCUUUUUACAUUUUAUUUAAUUGCAUUAGUUCUGUUCUAGUCAUUACCGUGAACCAAAGAUAGUUAUCUCAGGCUGAUUUAACUUUUUGUAAGCAAAACAUUUUGUAACCACGGGCCUUGUGCUGAGUUUGUAGGCCAGCUUUGGCUUGUGGAAGGUUGGUAGUAUUAUACAGGUGCCUACCCAAAUUUGAAAUAAUGGGUAGAGGGGUAUGUUAGGAAUUCUUCCAUCAUAUGGUCUUUUAUUUUCCAUCGAUUCAUAACUUGACUACUAACAAAAUCAUUUUGUUUUACAAAAUUUAUCUACCAGAAUAUUUAGAAAAAAUCAUCACUAAAUGUGAGUCAUUAAAUUAAAUAGACAGAAAUGUUAUCCAAUCGGAUCAUUGAACGAAAUUGACGCUAAUUUUGGCUAAUUUACAGUAUUAUAAUUUACCAGAACUUCCUGUUAGAUAAAUGUUAUAUUAUGAAUAUAUAUAAAUAUGAUGACAAUUAAAUGAGCUGUUGUAAUUAUAGACAAUUAUAUGUAAAUUGAAGUAUAUUUGGGACAAUCAUUGAAAGUAUUAUGUACUGUAUAUAACAUGAAGUUAAGUUGUUAAUUAUGGAAUUAAUGUCAUUCAGAAACAAAGGCGUAAUGUUACUAUGAUAAUUAACCGGAACUGUCAUGACAAGCAAUUUUUUCCAGUCCGGUAAAAUUACUAGAAAAAAGUUCAUUGUUAGUUUGUUUCCUGAAUGAGAGGAGCUUUACUCUUUCCCUGCUAAAUUUCUAUAAUGAACUUGUCCAUCUUUCAAUUUGGACAGAAUCAGUAACUGUUUAUAGGGGUGCUUACCAAAAACAUACUGACUGAAUAGUGAACAGUGCUGAUCUUGACCAGACUGCAUGGAUGUGCAGGCUGAUCAAGAUCUACACUGGUCGCAAAGGCAGAAACAAUUGUGUCCGGCAUAAUAAGAGUUAAAAAACAAUACUAGUUUUUUUUUCACAAGGUAAAAUGUAAUGGUUUAAAAAUGUGAAAAUGCAGGGAAUACUACAGACAUUUGGCACAUCAGUUUGUGUCUCUGUUGUGGAAACUUUGGUUGUUUUCAUGUCUUUAUGAUUUCUAAAAUAUGGACUUUUGUUGCAAACAAAAUGGGACCACCCUUAUUCAUAGGGAAUAUUGUGUGUGUAUUUUUUUUAUGAAUUCCAUGUAAAUAAUGAAGAAUCUGACCAAAGUACGUAUAUAGACAAAAUUAUUUAUAUGUAUAUACUGAUGCCUGUAUUAUAUCUAUAUAUAUAUACACAUAUACAAAUAUAUAUAUAUAUAUUCUGAAGUGUGAAAAUUAGACUGUAGUGUAUAUUGCAUUGUUAUGAUUAUAUUAAACUGUACAACUAUAUAGCCAAAAAGGGAUGUAUUUUUGUCAUAAUUUGAUUAUUUCUUUUUUAUAUCCCAUGUAUUUUCAAAAUAGUUUUUUUUUUCUAACUGCCCAAUGAAAAACCUGCUUGUAUUAUGAUAUAUAAGGCUUUGUUAUACUUAUGCUGAUUGGUGCUUUCAUUUGUUUGGUUUUUUCAUAGUUUUAAUUUAAAACCCUACCUUAUAUAUACCGUAUUGUAACAAUUUUUAAGUGCAGUUGUCUUGCCAGCUGUAUUUACCUCAGAUUUUACAAACUUUUUUCCUCACCUAAAGGGAAGUAAAUCACUGAUGAUUUGCAAACUGCUAAUAAAGUAUGACUGUAGUUACAUCCCUUUAUAGAGAUAGUUGCUUUCUUUUACUAGAUUGUGGACCAAAUAAAAAUUACAUUCCCUUUAAGAAGUAAGGAUUACAACAUCAGAUUAAAUUGGUUACUUAGUUGUGAUUUUUUUAGAAAUUUGAUCUUCAAAUUACAUGCAUGUUUUUCCUUAUGUUAACUUAGUAUGCCAUUUGACUAAAUGCAACAGCAUUAAUUUGUUUGCAAGUAUGUAUUGCCACUUUGUUGAAUAAGCUGACAUGGUGAAAUAGAAACUGACUUAUCAUGUAUUCUAACAAAAUGCAUAUGGUUGUAUAGCUUUAAAAAGUGUGAUUAUUUCCAAAUCUGUUUCUGUUGUUUUGAGGCAACCUGUCUCCGUGUGAUGAAAUAAAAUGUGCUUUCUUGAUAAAA